UUUUUUGCCGUUAUCGACAUAAUAUGAGCGACAGAAAACACUCCAGACCAGCUAGUGGCGCUAAAGCACCAUGACGCUGUUAGCCAAACAAAGAAGAAGGAGAGCACGAGGCGCUAGCAGCGUUAGCUUGUUAGCAGGCCAGCAGCGUUAGCUUGUGUUGAGAGGACUGUGGUGUUUUGUUGGGACGUUUGUGAGGUUUUUGGACAGAAAGGACGAUACGUGGUUCGUGUGGGAACUCUCAGCAUUUUCAAAAGUGUCGUAAAUGAGUGAAGAAGUGUUGAACGGAAAGACAACGUGGAUUGCUGUGAUUGUGAGACUAGCUAGGCUAGGCUAGCAGAGGAUCGGAGCUGCAGUGAAGAGGACGGUGGUGUUUGUGGGAGUUGGCGCUGAAGAUCGGAGCAGGAACCAUGUCUUCAGAACCUCAGGAAGGUUCUGUCAGCGAACAACUUUCUGCUGCUGAAGGAACUAUGUCUUCCUUUCAGUCUCUGAGAGAGUCGAUCUGCGAGCGACUAGCUGCUGCUGCUGAAGAAAUCUUCCGGCUCUGCGAAGGAACCAUCGUCCAGUACGAACAGGAGCUCUGUCGUCAGCGCGGACUGCUGGAUAGCAGCUGGAAACCACAGCUGCAGCUCCACCACACAGACCUCCCCCAGCAGUGGAUGACUGAAGAGAAAGAUCUCUGCAACCAGCAGAGGAACUUCAGAGUGGAACAGGAGGAACCAGAACCUCCACAGAUUAAAGAGGAACAGGAGGAACCAGAACCUCCACAGAUUCAAGAGGAACCAGGAGAACUCUGCAUCAGCCACGUGUCAGCAGUCCUCCCCCAGCACUGGGUAACUGAAGAGGAGGAUCCCUGCAACCAGCAAAGGAACUUCAGAGCGGAACAGGAGGAACCAGAACCUCUGCAGACCGAAGAGAGACUGCAGGAACCGGAACCUCCUCAGAUUAAAGAGGAACCAGGGGAACUCUUCAACAAUCGGGAUGAAGAUCAGCUUGAUCUGAAGCAGGAGACUGAUACCUUGAUGGAGAUUCCUACUUAUGAAGAAGAUGAGAACAGUGAAGCAGAUCCAAACAAUCAGCAGAGCUUUAAUGUAACUGAUAGUCAGGAUGAAAAAGGAAACCAACAUGUAGAAUCAACAUCAACUACAGAUGUAGAGACAGACCAACAGAACAGAGAUCAGAGGAAGGGAAGAGAUAGAAGUCAUGUCCAAAGUGUGGACAACUUUCACAGGUCAGAAAGUGACCCUGUUGGGGGAAAAAACAGACAUACAUCUUUGGUUAAGAAACACAAACAAUCUCCAAAAGGAAAAAGAUCUUCCUAUAUAAAGUUUGGUAAAAGAAAAGGAAUUGCAAACAAUGUGUCAAUGAGAACUGAGUCUGAAAGACCUUAUGUCUGUCAAGAAUGUGGUAAAAGCUUUGAUUACUUGUCUCAAGUCAGAAUUCACAUGAGAACUCAUACAGGAGAAAAGCCUUUUUCUUGUAAAGGAUGUAAUAAAAGUUUUAGUCGUAUAUCUAGCCUCAAAAGACACAUGAGAAAUUACACAGGAGAAAAGCCUUUUCUGUGUAAAGAAUGUCAUAAAAGUUUUAGUGAAAUAUCUUUUCUCCAAAGUCACAUGAGAACUCACACAAAGGAGAAGCCUUUUACUUGUAAAGAAUGUUUUAAACGUUUUAGUCUUUUAUCUAAUCUCAAAAGACACGAGAACUCACACAGACGAAAAUCCCUUUUGUUGUGAAUAAUGUGAUAAGAGUUUUAGUCGUAAAUUUCAUCUCAAAACACACAUGAAAACUCACACAGGAGAAAAGGCUUUUUCUACUACAAAAAGUGAAAUUUCUCAAAUUUGAGGAACAAAAUAAAAUAAAAUAGUGGGCUAAAAUCAGAAUCCGCUUAAAUCAAAAGAGCAUAUUUUAAAUUUGAGAAAUAGAUCAUAUAAAUUAAACCAGUUCUAAACACGAAACUACACAAUGUAAGAAGAGACUGUUACAUAUACAGUAAGAUUUAUGAAAAAUGCUAAACUUCAGGGUUUUUUUAUGGAUUAACCUGUAAAUAGAAAUGUGUUGUUUUUGAUGAUCAUAGUUUUAAUCUUCAUCUCUUGAACAUUGUGGUUGCAGAUGCUGAUACAAUGUGGAUGUUGUCUUUGCCUGUGUUUCCAUGGCAACACUGGAAAUAUUUUAAUUCCAACACAUUUUAUGUGAUCAGUGAACAAUUUAUUGUGUUUUUCUUUUUUAAAGCAGGGACUGCAGUUUUUAAUUUUUUGGGUCAUAUGAACAAAUAAUUUCUUUAGGAAAAGCUUUUCCUAAAAAUGUAUUCAGGAAGAGGCGAAUAAAGAACCAGAAUGGUGUUUGUGUCUGGUUUUGUUGUGAUUCAUGUUUUCUAGUAGACAUUAGAACUGUUCCUCUGUUCUUUCUAGUUCUCAGUGUUCUGUCCCAAUCUUAACUGCGAAGAAUAAAGUGGACGUGAACAUCAGUCAGAAGUGUGGAGUCUUUCCCACAGUGUGGGUUUCUGCAGUAGUUCAUUGGAAUAUCUCCUCUGACUGUUGGUCCGGAAUAAACCCUACCCUACAUUC